GACAAAAACAAGAGUCACCAAACAGGAUUUCGACACUACGAUGAUUGCUGCGAUCCUGUGCUGCAUCUCAUGUGGUAUCUGUUGUGCAUUUCUACCAUGCAUACUAGGGUUGGACCAAGACAUUUAUCAUCUUUGUACCAACUGCAAUCGCAAAGUCGUCCAUAAGCCACAUAAUGGCCCCCUUCAAGUCCUGGCACCCAGGUCAGCUGAUAAAGUGGUAUCAAAAUAUGCCCCUGUGGGUGUGAUGCAGCCACUAGACGAAAGGCCGAUAAAGAGUCCUCCGGCCGCCCAGGUUAAAACGGGAUAGACACUCGAAAGGCGGACUAUGUGCCCUCGGUCUAUAGGUAAAUUAUUCAAUAUUCAUAUAUAACUACAUAACUCCGCACCUGAAUUAUAGAAGCACCUGCAAGUCAC